GACUUCCUGCAUAGAAACUAGAAAGAAACGAAAACGUAAUUAAACAAAAAAAAACAAAAUUGCCAAGAUGUUCAUUUUAUAUUAAAAGAACAUAAAACUAAAAAGUUAAAACUCUUCAGUUUCCGAGUUCCUAAACCUUCACGUGCCUCUUCUUCUCCUUACUUCAACCUCUUCCUCACAACACUGUCCACUUCGAAAACUCCAGUCACCAGAUUCAGAUCUCUUUCUCUAUGUCUCAGUCACCGUCUUCUUCGCGACGGUGCUUUUCUCUACUCAUACUCAUCCUCACCCUCACCAUUGUUAAAACUUACUCAUCUUCAUGCUCAUCUUCUUCUACUUCCUUUCAUUGCCCUCCGUUUAACUCCUCUCCACCCUUCCCAUUCUCUACCUCUCCGGGAUGCGGCCACCCACACUUCCAGAUCCAAUGCUCCUCUCCACGCGCCACCAUCUCAGUCAAAAACCUCACUUUCUCUCUCCUCCAUUACUCAUCCUUCUCCUCCUCUCUCACCCUCUCUCCACAGUUGGGCUCUAACCAAAACAACUGCUCCUCUCUCCGGUUCUCCUCCUCCCCUAACCGGUUCAUCGACUUAACCGGUUCUCCUUUCAGAGUCUCCGACUCCUCUUGCUCCCGUCUCUCUCUCCUCCGUCCUUGCUCUCCUUUGACUCUCCCAAACUGUAGUCGCUGUCCUCAGGACUGCAAACUAGUAAAGAACCCGGGUCGGAUCCUCCACGGAUGCGAAUCAACCCACGGGUCGUUGUCCGAGCAAGGCUGCCAAGGGGAUCUCUUGAGCUUCCUCCAAGACUUCUUCACCAGAUUCGGAUUUGAAGUGGAAUGGGACGAGUCUCAAGACCCGUACUUUGCUAAAUGCAGAGACUGUCGGGUCAAGAACGGAGUCUGUGGGUUUAACUCGACCCACCCGAGUCAAGACUUCAUCUGUUUCUCGCCUCAAAGAGAGACAACAGUCAACCAUGUAGCAGUGUUAUGUCUCAUCUUCGCUUUAACUUGUCUUCUCCUCGCUAUCUCCGUCGCGGUGGCGAUCUUCCGAUCCAGAAGAGCGAGUUUCCUGUCCUCAGUCAACGAAGAAGACCCCGCAGCUCUCUUCCUCCGCCGCCACCGCUCCGCCGCGCUCCUCCCUCCGGUCUUCACCUUCGAGGAGCUCGAAUCCGCCACCAACAAGUUCGACCCCAAGCGCAAGAUCGGCGACGGAGGAUUCGGCUCGGUUUACCUAGGCCAGCUCGCUGACGGACAGCUCCUCGCCGUGAAGUUCCUCCACCACCACCACGGCGCCACCGCCGCCGACACCGAGCACUGCAAAGCCUUCUCGAUGAAGUCUUUCUGCAACGAGAUCUUGAUCCUCUCCUCCAUCAACCACCCGAACCUCGUCAAGCUCCAUGGAUACUGCUCCGACCCGAGAGGGCUCCUCCUCGUUCACGAUUACGUCACCAACGGAACUUUAGCGGAUCAUCUCCACGGGAGGAAGUCUGCGAUGACGUGGCGGAUACGGUUAGAUAUCGCUUUGCAGACGGCUUUAGCUAUGGAGUAUCUACACUUCUCUAUCACUCCACCGGUUGUUCAUAGAGACAUUACUUCGUCGAACAUCUUCGUGGAGAAAGACAUGAGAAUCAAAGUCGGUGACUUUGGUCUCUCUAGGCUCUUGGUGUUCUCCGAGACGACGGUGAACUCGGCUUCUUCGUCUGAUUACGUCUGCACGGGCCCACAAGGUACGCCCGGUUAUCUGGAUCCGGAUUAUCACCGGUCUUUCCGGUUAACCGAGAAGAGUGACGUGUAUAGUUACGGCGUCGUUUUGAUGGAGUUGAUGACGGGGAUGAAAGCUGUUGACCAGCGUCGUGAGAAGAGAGAUAUGGCUUUGGCUGAACUGUUUGUUUCCAAGCUACAGAUGGGUCUUCUCGAUCAGGUGGUUGAUCCGUUGAUUGCGAGUGACGACGACGACGGUGGUGUUGCGGCGGUUGCUGAGCUGGCGUUCCGGUGUGUUGCGGUUGAUAAGGAUGAUCGUCCGGACGCGAAGGAGAUUGUUGGAGAGCUCAGGAGGAUUAAGAGCCGUACACGUAUUGGUGAAGAUGACGUGACGAAAUGUUGACUGUUGGAUUAGAUUGCAACGAUGUAAUGUAAUGAAAGUAAAAUGAGUUGACUUGUCCCCACGCGUGUGUCAGUGUUGAAAAGGCAAACCUUCUGACCCAGUUAGAAGGAGACUCACACAUGGGUGUGUAUGUGUGACGUAAUCCUAGUACAACUCACUCGGAGUUUGUAUUAUGUUUAUAGAUUUUGUAUCUGUGAGAAUAGAGAUUCGGAAAACAAAAAUAUUUUGUUGCUU